AGCUGUUCGCCUGGCACAAGAAUUAAAAAUAAACAUAAUUGAUUUUCUGCUCCAAAUAUAUAUUGAAGUCGGCGAGCUGCAAAAAUUGGCCGCUCCGCUCUCUUGGUUGUGCACAGGACUGAGACUGCCAGCGACGGUGACGUGACCGGCGACAGCGAUGGGUUCCGACGACCAGAGUGCCGCCGACAAGAUCCAGAAGGGAUUCCAGAUAAAUUACAUGAUAUUGCGUGACGCGGACAGCGGCAAGAUAAUAUGGCAAGAGAACAAGGACUUUUCGGCACCGGACGUGGAGCACGAGGCGCGGGUGCCCGUCAAAAUACUGGACAUGCGGGCGGUGUCGCGUGAGAUCAACUUCAGCACCGUCGAGUCAAUGGAGAACUUUCGGCUCGACCAGAAGGUGCUCUUCAAGGGCCGCAUCAUGGAGGAGUGGUUCUUCGAGAUGGGCUUCGUCGGCGCCAGCACCACCAACACCUGGCAGUCCACCAUCGAGGCGGCACCCGAGUCCCAAAUGAUGCCAGCAAAAGUCUUAAAUGGCAAUGUGACAAUUCAAACCAGUUUCUAUGACAACGAAACACUCAUCACAAAAUCGGUUGUGCGCCUCUACUACAUCUAAAUAUGAGUCAGAGUCGGCAUCGGCAUCGGCCCACACUCGCACACGGCCAGGUGGUUCACUCUUCAUACGCGCCCACAAACAGAAAACAUAUGUACAAGUCCAUAUUUAUAGCCGAUCUUCUGCAAUUCUGCCCGAUGCUACUGCACACACAACCAAAAUGUCUCAGAAUGUUCUCCGCGAAAGAGUUCGCGUCUCACUGAAGUUUCUGCAUUUGAAUGCAAUUAUUGUUAAUGCGUUUGUAGUUCUAGAUGAAUGCAUUUUAAUAUAAUUUUACACGAUCACGAUACAUACUAUAUUAAUUUAUUAAU